CGAGCAGCAUAGCUGAUAGCUGAUCUGCAGAUUGUCCUCACUCUUAAAAAAGGCACACAUAGUUUUAAUCAGUGUAGCGGUCCAGCGGUAGUGUAAAAGCCUUUUGUUUGGAUAGUGACAUUGGCUCAUAAAAUGGCUGCUGCUAAUCGAGUUCCAAAAACAUCCUUUGCCUGAGUGUGGUUGUUAUUUUAGUGAGAUGAUAAAUAUGCUGAGGCAUGGCAUAUUUAAGGGAAUUCUACGGAGAGCAAAUCGUACAUGUUACUCCGUUGUUUGUCGACCAGCGAGUUCUCAAGGCAAUCAAAUCAGGCUUCCUGAAGGACCAACGCUUCAGGAUUUUAUUCAACAGUCGAAGCCCGACACUAAGCAGAUUCCCAAUGUUAAACAAAACGCGGAAUUGCCAUAUUUACCCAAGGAUGCAUCACUCGGCGGAGGUAAGAAAGUAUUCUUUGAAAUUUAUGGUUGUCAAAUGAAUACCAACGAUAUGGAAAUCGUGUGGUCGAUUUUGAAAGCUCACAAGUACCAGCGAGUUGGUAACAUAAAUGAUGCCGAUAUUGUACUGCUGGUUACCUGUGCAAUUAGGGAUGGAGCAGAAGGUACGGUUUGGAAUCGAUUGAAGCACUUGAGACAGAUGAGGGAUAAACGAGAAGAAUCAAAUAAACCUAUGCUGGUAGGCGUUUUGGGUUGCAUGGCGGAGCGUUUAAAGAAUCAGUUAAUCGAAAAAGAGCGAGCGGUUGAUGUAGUUGCAGGUCCUGAUAGUUAUAAAGAUCUACCUCGGCUGCUAUCUAUUGGGCAAACCGGCCAGAAAGCGAUAAAUGUGAUGCUCUCGAUGGAUGAGACUUAUGCAGACAUAAUUCCUCUCAAACUAGAUAAAAAAUCCAGAACCUCAUUCGUAUCUAUAAUGCGUGGUUGCGAUAAUAUGUGCGCUUUCUGUGUUGUUCCGUUCACACGGGGGAGGGAGCGAUCGAGGCCAAUAAGCUCGAUCAAAGAAGAAGUGCUUUAUCUCCAAGCUAAAGGAAUUAAGGAAGUUACACUUUUGGGUCAGAACGUAAAUAGUUACAGGGAUAUGAGUGGCAAUCAGGAAGGCAGCGAAAAGCAAGCCACCAUACUGGCAGACGGGUUUAAAACUGUAUACAAAACCAAAAUUGGCGGGCUCAGAUUUUCGGAGUUGUUGACCGAACUAGCUGAAACUGUGCCCGAUAUGAGAAUUAGGUUUACUUCACCACAUCCUAAAGAUUUUCCUAAAGAAGUACUGCAGACUAUAGCACGAUAUCCAAAUGUGUGCAGCAGUUUACAUUUGCCUGCUCAAUCGGGUAGCAAUACAGUGUUAGAACGCAUGCGACGUGGAUAUACUAGAGAAGCAUAUCUUAGCCUAGUCAGUGAAAUACGUGCGUUAAUUCCCGAUGUAACACUAUCCAGCGAUUUUAUUUGUGGUUUUUGUGGAGAAACUAACGAAGAUUUCGCAGAAACAAUUUCGUUAAUUCGACUUGUAAAAUAUCAUAACGCAUUUCUGUUCGCCUACAGCAUGCGAGAGAAAACAACUGCAUAUCGGCGUUAUAAAGAUGAUGUGCCAGAAGACGUAAAAAAACGUAGGGUUGGUGAAAUGAUUCAAGCGUUUCGAGCCGGAGCGGGCGAAUUAAAUGCACAAUACGUUGGGCUAGAACAGCUCGUUUUGAUUGAAGGAUACAGUAGACGGUCGAAAAACGAUCUAUGCGGUAGGAAUGAUGGCAAUGUAAAGGUAGUAAUUCCGGCAGGCGAUGUUCCUUAUGACGAUCUGCAUGGUCCGAGUCGGAAGACGAUUGUGAGCGGUGAUUACGUUGUAGUAAGAAUAACAGAAUCAAGUUCACAGAUUCUGAAGGGAAUUCCUCUCUAUCACACCAGCAUUAGCCAACAUGCCCAAAGACUAGCUGCAGAUGGCUGUGCACAGCAAGAGCUUCAGUUGUGAACAGACUUAACAGUUCUGUAAAUAAAGCAAAUUGUAAC